AUGUCUUCCUCCACUUCAGCAAUCGCGGGGCCUACGUCGUUCAGCCAGGCUUUGGAUCAAGGUGGCACAGCGAGUCAGUCAGCAGGCAUUUCACUCGACUCAUUCCUUGCCUCCUUGAUUUCUGGUCUCGCUGUCUUUGGGAUAGAGUUCAGCCUUUUUCUACUGCUUCAUGGCAGGUUUAGCAGAAUCUACAGACCACGUACAUUUCUUCUCCCUGAACGUGAACGAACUGCACCACCUCCCAAAGGUCUUUGGCAAUGGAUUCUACCCGUUUUCAAGACGUCAAAUUCGGACUUCAUACAGAAAUGUGGGCUGGAUGCCUAUUUUUUCCUACGAUACUUACGAACACUACUGAAAAUCUUUAUCCCGAUGGCACUUGUCAUCCUCCCCAUACUUCUUCCCUUGAACUUUGUCCACGGAAGGGGCCCACACUUUGCUACAGGGAACUUCAAAUCAAGCACUUAUACAAACGUCACAGGACUCGACCGGUUCGGCUGGGGCGAUGUACCGCCCGACAAGAACAAUAGAUACUGGGCUCAUCUUGUCUUGGCUGUUGGCGUAGUUAUCUACACAUGCUUUGUGUUCUUCGAUGAGAUUAGGGGUUACAUCCGUCUACGCCAAGCCUAUCUGACUUCACCCCAACAUCGACUGCGAGCUUCUGCAACAACUGUUCUAGUUACAGCAAUACCACCUAAAUGGUGCACGUUCGAAGCCCUUGAAGGACUUUACGAUGUUUUCCCUGGUGGGAUCCGCAACAUCUGGAUCAACCGUGAUUUCGACGAGCUCCAUAACAAGGUCAAGCGUCGCAACAAGCUUGCUGGUUCCUUAGAAUCCGCAGAGACGUCACUUAUAAAGAAUGCGAAGAAGUCACAUCUUGACAAGCUUGAAACGGAAGCGAAGAACGCGGGCGGAAAGGAAUCUAAGGUAGCCGCAUCAGAACACCUAAAGGCGUCAGAAGUGCAAAGCGUAGACCUGGCUCAAACAGACGGCAUCAGUUCUGGAGAUCCACAUCAAGUCCGGCAUACGAUAGACGAAGCGCUGGCGGAGUCUUCCAAUGAGCCGUCAAGGGAGCAAUCUCGAGACCGAAAGAAACCUCUAGUGCCAAUCCCUGCUCUGAGUCAAGGAAUGGAAGCUGUUGGGCAUGGUAUUGGCAACCUGGGGAAGACUGUUUUCGGAGGCUUUAAGACAGUUGGCAAGGGUAUUGAUGAGCGGUUAAACACAAUAGGAGGAUCCAUUCCGGCGACUCCUGAGCCAGCAGCUCCACGGAGCAAAUCUCAUGUGGAAAAAGCCAGCUCCGGCUUAGACGGUACUCGGUCACGGUCGAUCUCACCAGAUUCUGACUAUCCAUACAAGAACCGUGACGCCAGCCUAGGAAGAGACCACCAGCAGAGCUCUAGCGAGCCAUCAAAUGAUAGUACAAUUAGGGAGAGCGUAUCACGAGAUGGGCCCGCAUAUUCACGGUCGAGGUCGAGUCGUUAUGGUGAAGGCCUGGGCAUCGAAGGCGCACCAAUUGAUCACAGGACCAAGCGGGACUCGGGCUAUACAGAUAUAUUGCGCAAUCCUGAGCGACUUGGAGAGGCCGAAGAACAGUACCAGUCAAAGUUCUAUCUCUGGAAUCGCAAGAAGAAUGUACCGUACGGUAUUCCAAGUCCUACUCCUCACGGUCGGGAGGAAGACGAAUUCCCGUUGAGCCGCCCAAGUCCAAUGACCCCGGGGUGCAAUGCCCAACCCACUGUCAAUGGUCCAGGAUCGAACCCAGGCUUAAAAGGGGCGAAAGACCACUCAAAGAAGUCCCGUAAGGAGUCGCCAAAUGACAAAGCGAGUGAGAAAAAAGCCGUCGACUAUCCCAUCGCCUACCAGGAAGGCUAUAAUACCAAUGAAGGUGAACCUGUGUGGAAGCGAUAUCUGAAGGAGAAAGAUCGUGAAUCUAUGAGACUUCCCAUCUUUGGUUCGCAAUGGAUGAUCUCCUUGCCUCUAUUAGGACAAAAAGUUGACACGAUCGAUUACUGCCGUAAGGAGGUCGCUCGACUCAAUGCCGAGAUCGAACAAGAUCAAAAAAACCCCGAGAAGUUCCCACUUAUGAACUCUGCAUUCGUACAAUUUAACCAUCAAGUAGCUGCACACAUGGCCUGUCAAGCUGUCAGCCAUCAUACACCAAGCCAAAUGGCUCCAAGAGUUGUGGAAAUUUCGCCAGACGAUGUCAUUUGGGACAACAUGUCAAUGAGAUGGUGGGAGUCCUAUGUUCGCCCCGCCGUUGUCCUUGUCACAAUUGUCGGACUGGUAAUCGGGUGGGCCUUCCCGGUCUCAUUCACUGCUAUCUUGUCGCAAAUCAAGGCGCUCACGGGCACAGUGAAAUGGUUGCAUUGGCUUGCCCCUGCGCCGAGAGAGGUAUUUUCCAUCAUCCAAGGUGUCUUACCUCAGGUCAUCCUGGCACUCCUCUUGGUUCUACUCCCGAUCAUUCUACGAUUUCUUGCUAAGGUUCAGGGCGAUUAUACUGGCAUGGCAGUAGAGUUGAGCGUGCAGAAAUUUUACUUUGCGUUUCUAUUCGUGCAGGUAUUCCUCGUGAUUUCAAUAUCGUCUGGGAUCACCUCGAUUAUAUCAGAAAUCACACGACACCCUCAAAGCGUACCAGAACUCUUGGCGCAGAACCUGCCCAAAGCUUCGAAUUACUUCUUCUCAUACUUGCUGUUGCAAGCAUUAUCGGUUAGCGCCGGAGAUCUCGUCCAAAUCGUGGGCUUGAUUGAGUGGUUUCUCCUCGCGCCGCUACUCGACAAUACCGCCAGGCAGAAAUGGCACAGACAAACAAAUCUGCCCAACAUGCAGUGGGGAACUUUCUUCCCAGUUUACACCAAUUUGGCAUGCAUUGGUUUGGUGUACUCCAUUAUAUCUCCACUGAUCAUGGUUUUCAACAUCAUCACCUUCGCUUUAUUUUGGCUAGUCUAUAGGUACAACACGCUCUAUGUGACAAAGUUCCGCUUCGACACAGGUGGCUUGCUCUAUCCCACGGCCAUCAAUCAGCUCUUCACAGGGUUGUAUCUAAUGGAGCUUUGUCUAAUCGGCCUAUUCUUCCUCGUUAGGGAUGCAGCACCCGAUGGCAAAGCAAUUGGCACACCCUGCAAGGUCCAAGGUAUCAUCAUGAUUGUUGUUCUUAUUCUUACCAUUCUCUAUCAAUGGCUCCUCAACGGUGCAUUUGGACCAUUGCUGAGGUACUUGCCCAUCACUCUGGAAGACGAGGCUGUGAUGCGCGACGAGGAAUUCGCACGAGCACAAGAAAAGCGUUGGAAGCUGGAUGAGAACGAGCAAGAGGGUGACGACAUCAACGAUGUCCUCAAUGAUCGCGAACGUCUUUCUGCAGACGAUAAUAGGGCGUGUGAGAGUAUUGAAAUGCAGAACAUCGAAGCCCCCAACGAGCGUGGUAGACUGGAUCCAAGAACUCUGGGGCUGCUAGUACCGGAAGCGGUGGGAAAUCUCAUUCCUCUCAAGGCAUCGUCCUGGGCGGACCGUUCCCGGAAGCAGACGCCCUAUUCUCCCGGACAGAACGGACAGGUUGCCUCGCCCCGGCAAUAUCAUCGCCAGCACCAUCCUGCGCGUAAAUCACCAGAUCUUGAGGCUCAACGCAGUGGAACGAACGCGAUCGGAGAAGCUCUGUUCGCGGGGAUCAAUGAUGAAAUCGAGGAUCUGACGCCGGACGAGCGAGACAAGCUCGUGCAGCGAGCCUUCCAGCAUGAGGCGUUAAGAGCCAGAAGGCCUGUGAUUUGGAUCCCUAGAGACGAUCUAGGAGUGAGUGAUGAUGAAAUUUAUCGGACGCAGAAGUUGUCGAAGUACAUCUGGAUUAGCAACAAGUUUACGGGCUUGGACAGCAGUGCGAGGGUCGUAUACAGAAAGAGUCCGCCUGACUUCUCAGAGGUGGACUUGAUCGAGCUCUGA